UGUUUUAAAAAGAAGUCCAGUUAUCCAAGAAAAUCACAACCGCAAGCAGGGCCUCAAAGAGAACACGAUUUCGGACACAAGAUUACCUUACCUUUCAGCAAGUAACCUUCGGUCUUCAACGAACUAAGGGUUUUCAAAGAAUCUUCAAUUGGUCUACUAUAACUUUCCUACGGAGUUAAAGAUGAUGAGCCUAGGGCUGAAGAUGCAGUUCCUCGCCACUUUGAUAUUUCUGUACGUUGAGAUUCCGCCAUCUUUAGGGCGCCGAUGGAACGUACCGCAAUCUCCUCCUACGUUGUACAAUCGCCUUCGCCCAAUUUCCCAGAAGUCAAAAAUUGCCGGCAAAGAAUGCAGUCUCAUUGUCGACGAGAUCCCUGAUCAUCGCAGUAGAGGAAAAUUGCGACCCCUUACCCGACUUUGCAUCCGUCUCAAUGACAUCGAGCUGAAAGCCAGGCUUCGACAGGUUGGCGACUUCAACUCGCGUUACAUGGCAAUCAACGAGACAGAUGCCAGAAGACUUCGGGACAAGCUUCCAAGCAAAUUCUAUCAGAAUAACAAAUCGCGUGUGGGUCAAAGCGGAUUAACUCGCUUAUGUACGGAACGUACUAUUGUCACAAGCCUGCCAGAAGGAGUUUUCCCCAGAUUUAUCAGAGAAGUCAAAUGUGAAGGUGACAGCUGCCUCACGAAUGAGGGACGAUGCAUUCAGCGGUUCAUGGAGUUUACAUUUAUUCAUUUCACUGGGGAAUAUGAGUUCCAUGAAACCGUUAGUUAUUGGCCACGGAUUGAUAUUUACACCGAGGUAUGGAAUCCGUAUACGCAAGAAAUCGGUAUUUGCUGCGAAUGCCAACGGCUGAGCCUGGGCCGGUAGUUCCUUGGCUAUUAAGUAGGCUGUUUUCUCUUCGCUACUAGGCGUGCGCAACCUGGAAUUCCUUCUCCUGCUGUUUUUUCUUCCGUCGACUCGACUUUUUUCCACAUUGAAGAUUGGAAUCUUACACAUCCAUUUUCAAAAUAGACUAGAGAUGCAACAUUUUAUUUGAUUUUUGACUCUAGAUGUAAAAAAACCUAACAGUAGACGGUACUACUUUAAGAUGAUUUUGUUUUAUAAAUUAGGCACCGUAAAGAGUUUCUGAAGCUUACGUUUUGAGCGUUAGCUCCUCUUCAAAACAAAUAUAAUCAUAGUAAGCCUACCUCGCGAUUUUGUGGUUAAUAAUAGUUGCUGUUUUAAAAGUAAGGCAGGUUUUGCUGCACAUCGAAAAUA